AUGGCUAAGCUCAAGCAAAGAGGUAAAUCCGGUGCGGCCAAAGCUUAUAUCACUCGGUCUUCUGCUAUAAAGAAACUACAAUGCUCUCUUGCUGAUUUCCGAAGACUAUGUAUCCUAAAAGGCAUAUUUCCUCGGGAGCCCAGACAUCGUAAACGAGCGAACAAGGGAUCUUCGGCCCCCACUACGUUCUACUAUGCAAAAGACAUAGCGUACCUGACACACGAGCCUAUCCUUCGCAAACUGCGUGAGCAUAAAGCAUUUGCGAAGAAACUGGCUCGAGCACUCGGUCGCGGAGAGUGGAGUAGUGCGAAGAGCUUGGAAGAGAACAAGCCUAUAUACACAUUGGAUCAUAUUGUGAAGGAAAGGGUAUAUCCUACCUUCAUCGAUGCACUGAGAGAUAUCGACGACGCCCUCUGCUUAAUUCACUUGUUUGCUGCAUUACCUACCUCGCCACAAAUACCCACCGCCCUUAUUUCCAACUGCACGAGACUGUCGGCGGAGUGGCAGCUCUAUGUGAUGAGAACACAUGCUCUUCGAAAGGUCUUCCUCUCCAUAAAGGGCAUUUAUUUUCAAGCGGAAGUAAUGGGACAGACUAUUACGUGGCUUGUUCCCUAUCAGUUUACACAACCAAUACCCGCAGAUGUAGAUGCGCGAGUGAUGCUAACGUUUGUUGAACUAUACCAAACGUUGCUUGGAUUUGUGUUCUUUAAGCUCUACUCCGACGUUUCUCUGGUAUACCCCCCCCACUCAUCUGGACAAGGACGAAGCAGGGCUGGUGUCGGUGCAUUUACAUUGGAAGAUAUUGUUUCAGAUCAAACGACAUCCCCUUCUGUUCCUACAGUUAAAAAGGUCGAAGUGGAUGGCAAGACGGUGACAAACAAGGACGUCAAACGUGCUAUUAUGGACAUCAAUGCAACACCUCUCCCGCCCCAGCCGAUUACUUCCUUUUCAAAGGCCGACGCCGACACCGCACCAACCGAUGUAGAUAUAUUGCCAGACGAUUUUGUUGUCCAGCCAUCUAAAUCUGCCGACGGUCAAGGAGCACCACUUCUUACUAUGCGCGACAUUGCUGUUCUUCCCUCUGCAACAUCUCCACUUUUAUUCUCCUCUCUUAAUAUCUUUCUCUCCCGCGAGACUCCACGGCCAUUGCUGGAGUUCGUAGUUCGUGCCUUUGGUGGUCGUGUGGGAUGGCCCGCAACCUUGGGCGCAGGAUCACCCUUCGACGAGAACGACCCUUCAAUCACCCAUGUCAUAGUCGACCGACCGCUAAACAGUGAUCUAGCCUCUGCCGGUCGACGCAAAUACGUUCAGCCACAGUGGGUCAUUGAUUCGAUCAACGCCGGCCGGUUGCUGGUAGAAGAUACCUACGCUCAGGGAAAAAUUCUCCCGCCUCAUUUGAGUCCAUUUGGCGAGGGCUCGAGCACAUACGUACCCGAUGCGAAUGGAGCGGAGCCAACGGACGAAGAUUUGGCUGCUGGAUCUGGGGAAAGUGACGGGGAAGAAGAAGAACAAGAGGAUGAGAAAAUGGCUGAAGUCGAAACCCCCGUUCCUGAAGAUUCGGUCACUCGACCUGCACUUGCUGCGGCCGCUGCUGCCCCCGAAGACCCGGCUCUUCGCCGUGCUGCAGAGAUCGAAGCCGAACGAGCAGGUGCCGAAUAUGCAACAUUUGAAGCAGAUCUGAAGAAGGCAAUCAAGAAAACCAAGAAGGUCGCUGAACCGGUUAUUGAGGACAACGAAAUCGAAAUGAACAAGAUGUUGAUGAGCAACAAGCAGAGGAAGCUGUACGAACGCAUGAAACAUGGGGAGAAGAAGCGUGCGUUGGAGGCAAGUUUUCACAUCGAAUCUUGCCGAUUGUUGAAAUCGAAAUUGGAGCAGAAGCGCGAUGCUCUCCGAAAAGCCAAGGCGAAAGAAGUUCGCAAGGGCACCAAGGCUUGA